AUGGUCGUCACGGCGACCACCGCAGAGAUGCCGAAGAAGCGGCAGGCCUCCCGGGACCGCUCGGGGUACUGCAGUCUUACCCUCAACUGCUUUGAUGCUCUCGGUGGUAUAGUAUCCUUGUUUACAAUAUCCAAUGUUGUAGUCAUACCUGAACAGAUUGCCGGGUGCAAAACCAUUGUUCUAGCAACUCCGCCUGGUCGUGAUGGCAGUAUUUGCAAGGAAGUGUUAUAUUGUGCAAAGAAAGCUGGCGUCACCCACAUUCUAAAAGCUGGGGGAGCUCAGGCGAUCUCAGCGAUGGCUUGGGGAACAUCAUCUUGCCCAAAGGUUGAAAAAUUUUUUGGGCCAGGAAAUCAAUAUGUUACUGCUGCAAAAAUGAUUCUUCAGAAUAGUGAAGCCAUGGUUUCCAUUGAUAUGCCUGCUGGCCCUUCAGAGGUGCUGGUCAUCGCCGACAGACAUGCCAAUCCAGUUCACAUAGCUGCAGAUCUACUCUCUCAGGCAGAACAUGGUCCUGACAGUCAGGUAGUUCUUGUCAUUGCUGGAGAUGGUGUCAAUGUUGAUGCAAUUUUAGCUGAAGUGAGCAAACAAUGUGAUAGCCUUCCUAGGGGAGAAUUUGCUUCAAAAUCACUUGGUCAUAGCUUUGUUUCGAGCUUUGUAUCGUUCAAGAGAGCCAUCAGCUCGAUACUUAAGACGGAAUAUCCAUUUAGAGCCACAACAUUCAUUGAGGAAGUGCGUGGAACUAGACUCCAUGUUCCAUUGUGA